UCCAGGAUCCGGAUAUGAGCAUGAAGCUUAACACGCAGCCGCUUUGGGAAAAGCUGUACAAACUGUCAAAGAGUGCCCGACAGAGUGACGCUACACACCCGACAAGUCUUUUCUUGUGUAGUAUAUUGUUGUGUAGGAGUUCACUAGCGAUGUAACUUAACUGCUGUGGAAAGACAACAAUGCAAGGGAACAAAACAGAUUCAUGUAUCACCAGAAUCCCAAGGACACUAUGUCUUCAGCCUUCUCUCGUACGGGGUUUGUGAUCAUUUGUUUGACUUUAGUUGUAAAUCUUGCCCUGUACCCUGUGCUGAGGACGCUGGGCUUUCAGAUCCAUUCUGCUAUCACAGGAAGCUAUGUGCCGGGAUAUCAUUCUGUGUUGCUCAUCAACUGUCCUACCGAACAGACCGCAAGAGACAUUGGCAGGGGCAUCAUGGAGAAAAGACUGGCAGCAUGUGUGAAUAUAUUUCCCCGCACUGCCACUAUGUACUACUGGAAAGGAGAGAUUCGGAAUGCAUCAGAAAUACUGCUGCUUGUGAGGACAAGAACAUCUCUCGUACAGAGACUUGAGGCUUAUUUAAGAGCUGUGCAUCCAUACGACAUUCCAGAAAUCAUCAGUUUUCCCAUUGGUGAUGGAAGCUUGAACUACUUGAAGUGGAUGGAAAAUGCACUUAUUGAUAUUUGAAACAUGUCUGUAUUCAAAUAGAGAAACAACCCUUUUGAAAACACUUCGAGCAGAACUACAUUGGAUUAGGCCUAAUUGGACACUGGAUAUGAGAUGUAAGCAAAAAUGCUUAUUGAGAAACCAGUUUCAGAAGAACAAUAGAGUGAAUGUGUCGUAAAGAUCAGAGUAUAGUGGGUAAACUUUUUUUGAAAGUGGUUUGCUUGAAAUGGUUUUUAGUUUAGAAAUAUAAAAAAUCAUCCAGGAUGUUUACAAGAUGCCUUUCACGCUUUUGAUACGAUCCUUUGGAGUGACCAGAGGUAUUACUGAAAACAAACUAUCCUCAUAAAUAUUUUAUUUAUUUAUUGACCUUUACAUUUACUUAAUUCUGAAGAGAGUAAUAUUUAUAAUAUGCAUUUAAUGAAUUGUUAAAAUUAUAAUUUAUUUAUUUGGGUAUCGUUUUAAUUUAACCGAUUCUGCUUAUCAAAUCCGGUUCUUAUCGAUUCUCUGUUCCAAUUCCAAUAUUUUUUGGGGGAGAGAAAAAAUAUCAAGUACUUAAAGAAAAAAGUUUUUACCUAUUAUUCUUGGCACAUUCAGGCUAUAACCUAACCAGUUGGCCGACUGUAAACUGUUACAAUUCAUCAAAUAAUAACAACACUUCCAUUAAGGAAUAAUCAGAGGGAAUUACAAAGUAUAACACUAUAACACCAAAAUACAAGUGUUUAAAUUAAUUGUUAAUUGAAUCGUUCAUUCAGUAGUCGUUCAAAAUGAUAGAUCGUCCAUUAUCUGAUCAAUUAUAUGUGAAUAAAACACUGAAUUAAUUCAUUUUAAUUAAUUAAUUGGAUGAAUAAUUCAAAUAAAUAUAAUUUAAAUCAACUAGAACAUGUUGUCUUGUAUCUCUUGUGGUCCACUUAGCUUUAAAUGAUUAACUGAUCUUUUAUAUUCGCUUGUGACUGUGACGGUUCCAAUGACUCAUUCUGAUCGCAAUGUGCGUUCGUUCAUACCGACACGCUCGCUGUGUACAGUGAAAAGUUGAUUCAACGAACUAUCUGCACAACUAAAAACAUUACAAGGAUUAAAAUCACGUUAAUUUAAGAAACCUGUUAGAAAAUGAACGUACUAGAAUUCAAAACAAACAAAAUUCACCUAAACAGCCGCUUAACAAAGUUAAUACAGCUCAGCCCUGGUAGUGCAACUCCUCAGCGCCUCACUGUCCUUAUAGCGAAACAGCGCUUCUCUGUGGCGUAUUGGCGUAACUGCAGUUAGCUGACAUGAUUUUGGCUCGAAAUUUGACUGAAGCGACCCGCCCGCCUCUAAUUUUUCAUUGCAGGAUAAACCCUGAAAACUGAUUGUCUUUUCAUCUCUUAUCUGUAUUUUGUAGGUGCGGCUAUUGUUGCUAAUAUUAGUUUCUGUUGCGUUGUAGCAGGAUGACUCGAUGCUGCGGACUUAAAACAUGGUGCAUUCUUCAGAUUAAUGCCGUGUUGAAGCAAAUGUUUCAUCAUAUGAGAGGUACUUCCUCCCAUGCACGAAAUAUCUUUACCACAUGUAUUGCAUGUGUAAUUUGCUAUCAUCUUAUUUCACAAAGUUUAACCAAACUUCUGUACGUUUGCUGCGGUCAUUCAUAGUGCCGAUUGUAAAUUUGAACUGCGCAUGUGCAGAUUAACAUACGGUCCUUGUCGCAUGUCCUUCUGGAACACCGAUACAACUGUUAAACGAUCACCGCCGUUCGCGAGUAACUGAAAAAGUCGAUACCCAAACCUAUUGGUCUUGUUUAAAAUGUUGAUGUGGAAUUUACAUGUUUUAGUACUGUACUCCUAUUCAUUUUAAGAAUGAAUGAUGAAAUAAUGUCAUCUUUAAUGGCAAAACUUUGUAAUUUUCUUCAUUAAUUUAUUUGGCAGAACUGCAAAAACAGUACAGUGUAUUAAACAGUAGAAAAACAGAGUUUUUGUCAUUUGUGUCACAUAAUCGUGAUAUAUAAGUUAUAAAUGAGCUGAAUGAAUAAAGGCUGAGAUUUGGUGAAGUUUUUAGUGAUUUGGUUGCCUGUUGAGAACAGGACUUUAGCAGGGCACGCAGAUAGGCCUCAAUAUUUAUGUGUCCUCACACUGGAUUGCAUAGACUCCAGGGAGUGUAAAUGCAUCUGCACCUCACCAUACAGUAUAGUGUACCAACAAAUAAACCUGUAGGUGACCUUUUUAUUUAAUUAUCUCACUUCAUAGCUCCCCCCCCCCGAAUUGACAACUUUGAACAUUUUCUUUUUGAUUGAGAAUAUGACACCCUUUCUGCUUUAUCAGAAACUAA